GUAUGCAGCCGUUUAAAAGACGGGCGCUAACCUCGGACGAUGAUAGACCAUAUGCUGACACCGACUCGAUGCCUGAAGUCGAUCUCGACGUGGAUCGCCGACGACAGUACAUGGAACAGCUCAACAUAUUCGAUGAUGUUAGUUCAGGCGCGUAUAUGUUGGAACUUGAAGCGGCUGAAAACGGUGUGAAAUAUGAUGAAAAAGAGGAUCUUUUGAAUGUUCAAAUUCCCCCAAAAUAUGAAGAUCAGAUCUCGGAUCCGGAUGGAAAUCGAAUGAUAAUUCUGAAUAUCUACGUUGAGAACUUUAAAAGUUAUGCUGGAAAACAUAUUCUCGGACCGUUUCACAAGAACUUGACAAUGAUCCUGGGACCAAAUGGAAGUGGAAAGUCAAACGUUAUUGAUGCAUUGCUAUUCGUGUUUGGAUUUAAAGCUGGAAAAAUUCGUACCAAGAAGCUAUCAGCAUUGAUCAAUUCAGGAGGGAACUACGAAUCAUGUUCAGUAACAAUUAUGUUCCAGAUGGUGAAGGAUAUGCCUGUCGAAAAUUACGAUAAAUAUGAAGUGUUAACAGAUAAUUGCGUCUGCAUCACCCGCACAAUAAAUCGUGAAAACAAUUCAAAAUAUCGUAUUGAUGACAAAGAUGCAUCGCAAAAAGACGUCCAGGAGCUUCUCCUACGUGCUGGAAUUGAUAUGACCCAUAAUCGAUUCCUGAUUCUGCAAGGAGAAGUUGAAGCGAUUGCACUAAUGAAGCCAACAUCCAAAAAUCCGAAUGAAGAAGGAAUGCUUGAAUAUAUUGAGGAUAUUGUUGGAACCAAUCGUUUUGUCGCACCAAUUUCCAAACUAAUGCAUCGGGUUUCUCUAUUGGAGCACAAAAGUUCACAAUAUGGAGCCUCUGUUCGCCGCCACGAGGGACACCUAAAAGUCUUUGAAAAGGCAAUGGUUAUCGGGAUGGCCUACCUGAAUACCUUCAAUAAUCUCAACUACCUUCGUGGAAUCCGUGUCAAGCACAAUUUGUGCCGUUAUGCUGAAACAAUGAGGGACGCCAAAAUGAGUCUUGUCACUCGAACAGGAGAACUCGAAGAGAACAAGGAUAUCAUGCUUGAGGCAAAGGAUGAAGUUCGGAAGAAGGAGACUCACGAGAGAAGCCUUAAUAGUAUUGUCACUGAGCUGGAGAAUAAAAGAAUCGAUUGGCAAUCGAAGAAGAAUGACUGGCAUGCACGUGAUGCUAAGAGAAAGCAGGGGCUCAAGUCGUGUACUCAGGACCUUGGGAAGCUCAUGAAGGAGCGGGAUGAAGCUCGUCGGGAGAAGUUUGAAAUUGAGACGGCUCCAGAGAAUGCGAGAAUCUCUAAGCAAAACAUGCAACUCGAAUGGGAUCAGCUCAAGGAGCAGGAGAAUGUGUGUCAGCGGACAGCUACAGAGAAUCUCAUCAAGUAUGAUCAGAAGUCUAGUGCCGACAGAGCGAAGCAUGAUGAUCUGGAGAAAAAACUCUCAGAUGAGCUUCUGCAAUCGAUGCGAGCAAAAGCAGAAUUGGACGUUUCUGAAUCAGAACUUAAGGAUAUGACGAUAAUGAUGGAGCAGGGACAGAAGAGAGUUGAUGAGCUUAAAGGGACAUUGCAAACAAUGAUGGCUGAGAACAUUAGAGAUAAUACUGAGCUAAACGCCGUCACAACUGAGCUGCAAGAUAGAAAGCUGAAGUUUGACAAAGCUGUCGAGAAGCUUCCGCAUUUGAAGUCUACCGAACAACUUUUGAGAAGCAAGAAGUAUGAGCUGGAUCAAGAAGUGAUUGAAGCAUCGAACACCCAGGAAGUUACGUACCGUCAUCAGGCAACCGCAAAGCUUCAUGAACUGAAAGAGGCUGGAUUAUUUCCGGGCUUCAAAGGUCGCUUGGGAGAUUUGGCAAGUAUCCCAAUCAAGUUCGACACCGCAAUUUCAACAGUGUUCUUUGCACAAUUGGAUUACCACGUUGUGCAAACUAGCGAUGAAUGUAGAAUCGGAAUUGGCUUCUGCCACGAGUACAAACUUCCUCGUACGACGUUUGUCUUCUUGGAUCACUUGAAAGAUACUGAUACUAGCGGAAUGGAUUCUACAAUGAAAUUCCCAGCCGAACGACUUUUCGAUAAGAUUCACUGUGUAAACCCUGAGAUUCGCCGCGAAUUCUAUUUCUUGAUCCAUGACAUUCUGGUUGUUGACAGUCUUGAAGAAGCAACUCGAAUUGAUAAGAAGUAUCCUGGAAGGCAUCGUUAUUGCACACUGAAUGGCUCAAUUUUGAACCGAAGUGGAGCAUUGACUGGUGGUGGAAAACCGACGACUGGUCGUAUUCGAAAUGAUAAUAAUCCAAACAUGAGUGGAGUCAAAAAAGUUGAUUUGAGCAAGCUAAGAGCCGCACAGGAGAAGCACAAUCACGCACUGGAAGCUCAUUUGAAGUUGCAGUUAAAGCAAGAAGAGAUCCGAGCCGACAAUGGUCCGAUUAUCAAACAGCUCGAGAUUCGUAAGCGUGAAUUGAUUAUGUCCACCAAGGAGCAGAAAACACGGAUUGCCGAGUUAAAGAGCUCAAUCGCAGCACAUGAGCGCCGUAUGGUUAACUAUAGAGAAGUGACCGUUGAGGAUUUGGACGAGAAGAGAGCUCAAAUUGCAGAUCUGAAACGUCAAGUGGAGGAGAGCCAAAAGUCUUCAGCAAAAAUCAAGCAGCAAAUUGAGCAAUACAAACGGAAAAUGGACCGAAUGUUUAUGGAGUUGGUCCAAAAAAAUAAGGACUCAAUUGAGCAGGCGAAGGAUCGAAUGGGACAGCUGGAGCAGGACAUUGCACGACAAACUGCAAUUAUUGAGAACAAUCCAUCACAUUUGGAGCAGGCCGAGAAGAAGCUUAGUGAGCUGGAGCAUAUGUGUCUGGAGAAACGUAGCGAGGCAGAUGCAUUGGCUCAAUUGGAAGUUGGAGAGGAUGUAAAGGGAAUUGAUAUUAUCAAUGCGCAAUUGCAAACUUCAACGGCCAGCAUUGAUGCACAAAGAGCCAGGUACACUGAAGCGGUUGCGGCACGCCGAGAAGCAGAUGCAGCCUAUCAAACCACAGUUGACAACUACAACAUGGUCAAACAGACUUAUGAUGAACUGAUGAGAAUCAUUGAUGACUUGGAAAACAAGACAAUGGCGGAUAAUGCAGAACUUGAUAUUAUUGAAUCUGCAUGGAUGCAACCGGAAAAGCUCUAUCCACCUGGCAAAUUUGUCAGAUAUAAUGAUCCAGAUAUUGCGGCCAAAAUGACUGAUGGGCACGUUGUACUCCCAUAUGAAUGCAUCAGUAUGAUCGAACCUCACCGUGAAGCUUACGAAGAGCACGAAGCGAGAAUGCUUGAGGACGAUGUUUUCGAGGACACUGCUAACAAGAUUUGCAAGCUGGAAAAAGAUGUUGACAAGUUCCGGCGGGAAUUUGAUAAUAAAGGUGUUCGGGAUUAUGCGAUGAUUGUGUCGCUUCUCAUGAACGAGGUGACGUCAGCGAAGAAGUUUAGCGAUAAGCUGAAGGCUCAUCGUGAGAAGCUCAACGAGUUGAGAAUGGCGAGAUUCAACGAGUUCAGCGAGGCGCUCGCAUUCUUGGGUACUACUACCCAAAUGCUUUACCAGCUUAUCACCAAUGGCGGAGAUGCUAGUUUGAAGUUUGUGGAAGAAGGAAAAUCUACCGAUCCCUUCGAUGGUGGAAUAAAGUUCAGUGUACGUCCCGCCAAGAAAUCCUGGAAGCUCAUCGAGAAUCUAUCUGGCGGAGAGAAGACUCUGGCCUCUUUAUGCUUUGUCUUUGCAAUGCACCACUACCGUCCAACACCCCUCUACGUGAUGGAUGAAAUCGAUGCGGCACUGGACUUGAACAAUGUCAGCCUGAUUGCAAACUAUAUCAAGCAUUCCGAGCGAACACGGAACGCUCAAUUUAUCAUAAUUUCGCUUCGAAAUCAAAUGUUCGAGGUCGGAAAUCGCUUGCUUGGUAUCUAUAAAAUCGAUGGAAAAACUUAUAACAUUAUGGUGGAUCCGAUCGCGGUGGAGAUCAAGAAUCGUCCGAUUUUGAAGAUUUUCGAGGAGGAGAUCAAACGGCGCGAGAAGCUACGACGUGCCGAGAUUGAACCGGAAAUUGAUUUGAGUAAUGGGCUCAGCAAUGUCGUUAUUGCACCAAAACGUAAACAACGCCGGCUGGAAAUGCUGAAACUCUCGGACUUUGGUCUCGAUGAUGACAGUGAUCUUCCUGAAUUUAAUAGAUUCCCACCCGCAACUCGUCGUGAAUUAAGUGUUGAGGAUUCAGAUGAAGACGAUGAGCCAGUAAGAAGACGUCCGCGUCGUCAAGUUGAAGAGGAAGAUGAAGAGGAUGAAUUGAUCGAAGAAGCAACUCCAUCUCCACCACCAAUUGUCGUUCAACGCCGUGUGCGAAGAAGCAGACAUUAAAUUGAAGUAAUAUAUUUUAAACUAAAUUUUGAAAAAAAAAAGAAAACUUUGUGAAAAAUCCAAAAAAUGAGACCAACUUUCUUUCAAGCUUGUAUUUUUUAAUAUUCGUCUAGCUUAAUUUUUCCUUGUGAUUUUAAUUAUUUCCCUUUUUAAUAUAUUUCCAUUUUGUUGUAUAUUUUGUGAAACCCCUAUAUCUUUGCAUCACGUACUGUCCAAUCUAUCUCAUUUUCUUAAUUCGCUGACAAGGUAAAUUUUCGAUUCACGAUUCACAAAAAUAAUUAUUUCAUUUUUAUUUUAGAACUACAUUGCAAAGUUUUUCCUAAAAAAAAUAAUGCCAUCAAAAAAUAAUUUCCUAACAAAGAAAAUUUCCUAAAAUUUCGAAAGCUGCUAAAAAUUUGACUAAAAAUUUUGGACAAUCUGUUAAAAAACAGGAUCUUUUAUUUUGAUAUAUACAUAGUUAUUUUAAUCCUUUUUGGUAGACCUUAACAAAUUUUUUGAAAAUAUUGUUAGUUGGGAAAUUUGUUAAAACCACUCAAAUGUUUGUUAAAAAAACCAUGUAUAAUAUUGCAACUUAUAUAUUUUUACAAAAAAAAUUUUGAAAAUUUUUAUAUGCAAUGUGAAUAUGCGGUUUCAAAAAUGCUCGAAAUUUUGUAAAAAAAUCCAAAAGUUCGGAAAAUUUUGCAAUUUACCAAAACUUUGACUAAAAGUUUUGAGAUAAUCUAAAAACUUUUGGAGUCGUUUUUUAGAUACUUUCCCUAUUUAAGUUUUUUUUUGACAAAAUCCUGAUCUGCGCUUUGAUACUUUCCAACUUUUACAGAAAGAGUGUUUUUGUAGAUAUUGGGUUGCUGUUGCUUGAAAAUUUGACACAGGAUUGUAAUAAAAUUAGAAAAA